UCGACGCCGCCGGUCGCCUUCGUUGUCUUAGUCGGCGUCGCCUCCGUUGCGUCCCCCAUCCUUCUCCGCUAUACGCAGCCGUUAGCAUUGCCCUUGUUGUCUCCUUUUCUGUUUUGCAGGUAUGGAGCUGGCUUCAGCGACACUGAGUCGAUGUUGUUGUCUUCAAGUUAUUGCUCGUUGAUUAAUCCAGUUAAGCUGCAGGAGUCUUCUCUUGCAGCUGUAGGUGGUGAUACAACUUCAGUUCCAAGUGAUUGUACUGAAGAAUGGAUGCCGUCUUCUGAUGUGUCAGAACCAUCAUCUAAUGAUGUAGAGCAGACAAAUAUUAGCAAUGAGACAGAUGGAAGUGAUGAUGUCAAGGUCUUGGACGACCAGAAAAUGGUUCGAGUUUGUGACAAGCUAAUUGAUGUUUUCAUGGUUGACAAGCCGACUCCAACAGAUUGGAGAAAGUUACUGGCUUUUAGCAAAGAAUGGGACAAUAUCCGUCCUCACUUCUAUAAACGAUGUCAGGAUCGAGCAGAUAGUGAGGAGGAUCCUGGGAUGAAACACAAGCUAUUGAGGCUUGGAAGAAAGCUGAAAGAGGUUGAUGAAGAUGUCCAAAGACAUAAUGAGCUUCUUGAAUUGAUCAAAGGAGCAACUUCUGACAUUGGUGACAUUGUUGCUAGGCGUCGUAAAGAUUUUACAAAAGAAUUCUUUUUGCAUCUUCACACUGUAGCAGAAUCUUAUUAUGACAAUCCUACUGAACAAAAUGGUGGGACUCCUUUUGAUCACUGCCAUUACCUUUGUUUUGCUGUGGCAAAGCUUGGAAACAUGUGUUUGGCUGCUGUACAAGCUUAUGACACUGCAUCCGAAAGUAUUGAGGCACUCAAUGCUGCAGAGUUGAAAUUUCAAGACAUAAUCAAUUCUCCUUCUAUUGAUGCUGCAUGCCGAAAGAUAGACAAUCUGGCAGAGAAAAAUCAGCUUGAUUCAGCACUGGUUUUGAUGAUUACAAAAGCUUGGUCAGCUGCAAAGGAGUCAAAUAUGAUGAAGGAUGAGGUAAAAGAUGUGUUGUACCAUUUAUACAUGACUGCAAGAGGUAACCUUCAGAGGCUUAUGCCGAAGGAGAUUAGAAUACUCAAGUAUCUUCUCACAAUCGAGGAUCCCGAGGAGCAAUUGUGUGCCCUAAAGGAUGCAUUCACCCCAGGAGAAGAGCUUGAAGGGAAGGAUGUAGACAGCCUAUACACGACACCGGAAAAGCUGCAUACUUGGAUUAGUACUGUCAUAGAUGCAUAUCAAUUCAGCAGAGAAGGCACUCUUGUACGGGAAGCCCGGGAUUUGAUGAACCCAAAAAUCGUCAAAAGACUGGAGGAGUUGAAGAAGCUGGUCCAAGACAGAUUCAUGUGACCGCCAUCAUGCAUGACAGAACCACUUCGUGUUCAUCCUUGGUCGGAAAAUCCUCAACCUCGAUCCAGGUUUUAUCGAGUACACGGAUGCUAAUCCCUUAUCAUGCCGGUCUGUGUGUGCUUGGUUUGUUCUUGCAGGGAGCCUGAAUGUUGAGAUACUAUAGAACUGUAAUAUAGGUUCAUAUAUAUGCAUAGAUUGUUUUAGGUUUUCGGUGAUUAAUGUUUUGACUUUUGGGGUGAGUUUAGGCCUGCCUUUGUUGUAUACUUGUGUAUGAGAUGCAAUCAAUUUGAACUGUUUGGGCAGACUUGAUCCCGGAAUAAUGCUCGGAUGAAUGAUCCUAGUGUUGAAAGAAAAGGGUAAUGAUUUAUAUAGUUUUUUUUAAUACU